UGUGUACUUACUUUGCGCUUGCGUGUAGAAUUAAUCACAAAUAUAACACACAUAUAGACACUUAGCGAGUAUGGGCGAGUCUAGUAUGCGUCAACGAAAAGCUGGCAAGCAAGCACCGCAAACCGCCGCGGGAGAUGUAGAGAAUCCUGCCAAAAAUAAGAAGCUUCUUGCUCAACAACAACUCAAUGAUCGUUGGAAAUCAUGGUGGACUCGGAUCUUCUGGUCAUGGGUAUUAGUGCUGUCUUUUGUGGCGAUUAUCUACGGCGGCCAUCUAUACGUGUCAUUGAUGGUGCUGGGUAUAGAGGUGGCGUGCUUCUACGAAAUCAAUAAGAUCUCAUACAAGGCGAACAAAGACAGAGAAGCUGAGCUGGCUAAGCAACAGAACAAGAAGGUCACCCGAGUGCCUUUUGUGCGCACUAUCAAUUGGUACUUCCUAUUCGUAGCCAACUACUUCCUAUACGCCAAGGGCGUCUUCACCAUAUUGGCAAAGCCUGUCGCUCGAGGUGAAACGGACCUUUUCCGGUCUCUACCGUUAAUCAAGCACAACACAGACUUCCUCAACCGCCUGGCCUCGCAUCACCUGUUCUUCUCGUUCUUGCUGUACAUUGUGGGGAUUGUGGUGUUUGUGCUGACUCUGCGCAACGGCCACUACCGCCGACAGUUCUCCCAGUUCGGGUGGACGCAUGUCACGGUAGUGUUACUGGGAAGCAGCGCUCGGGCCAUUUUCAGUAACAUCACUGAGGGGCUGGUGUGGUUCCUGCUGCCGGUGUUUAUUGUCAUCUGUAACGACUGCACGGCCUAUAUCUUUGGCUUCUUCUUCGGCCACACGCCACUGAUUGAGCUCAGCCCGAAGAAAACCUGGGAAGGGUUCUUGGGAGGGUUUAUCAGCACCAUGUUCAUAGGCUAUGGCUUUGCGUUGUUAUUUGGCCACUUCGAUUACUUCACAUGUCCGGCGGUGUUCAGUAUAACGCCGAGCGUCCACACCAUCUCAUGCCCCCCCAACCCCAUCUUUGAAUGGCAAACGUAUCCCAUACCAGCGGAAUUGCGAGCGGUGAUUCCGUCGCUGCCAGAAUCAUACGACACCAAACCCAUCGCACUGCACGGGUUAGUGUUUGCCCUUUUCGGUUCGUUAGUGGCGCCGUUUGGAGGGUUCAUGGCCAGCGGCUUCAAGCGUGCCUUCAAGGUCAAGGAUUUCGGCGAUUUGAUCCCGGGCCAUGGUGGGUUCAUGGAUCGUUUUGACUGUCAGUUCCUGAUGGGCUCAUUCACAUAUGUCUACUACCAGAGCUUCAUCGCUCCGAUCUUCUACUUCGAUGUGAACACUAUCGCGACACACCUGGACAAGCUCUCGGCUGACAGCAAAUUGGAGUUGUUGCAGGUAUUGCAAGCAUCCAUUGCUGGAGACAAGGCACAAGGGCAAGCGAUCCACUAAAGACAUGGACAUGCUAAAUGGAUCCGUACUCACGUCUCACUGGGUAGAUACCCACUAGGUUGCAUACUCCGCCUGUGUUAAACUCGCCUGUACUGGUUUCAAGUGUGUAAGGAAAAGCAUAAGCGAGCGCGGAAAUUAUGCGCGUACAUGUUUUUCUUGUUGGAGUGGGUAUGAUGACGCGUGUAGAAGUGGCAUGUGGGGCGGAAGAUUUCUGAACGACGCUCACCGUAUGCGUGUGCAUAGUGACAUUUCGCUUGUGUUGCUGAGGGUUUUAGGGUUUAAGUGGCUUACACUUGUGUUGCAACACCGCUUGACCUGGAUCAGUGAGGACUACGGGAGCACCGGCACGGAGAUGCGAGCAAGACCUUGCUACCAUACAGCCCUCGACAAUAUGCGAUUGAGUAUAGUUGUAUACAUGCUGCGAAUUUCGAGACUAUCGAAUGAGAUGAAUUUUUUUUUAAUGUGUACGCCAUUGACUCGCGACUAUAAGCGCUGUGUUUGAGGUAUUAAGAGAGCUGAUUAAAAUAAACGAAUUUAUUAUGUGGA